CUAUUUCUUCGCUUGCAGCCACGUGCCUAUUUAUUUGAAACUGACUGAAUUUCCUCUCAAUGGCUGGUCAGGUUGAUUCUUCAAGACUAGUGGAUAUUUCUUUUUAAUGUCUCCAAUGCAAUUUUUUCUUUUUCUGUCUUUCUUUCUUUUUCUUUUUUUUUUUGAGGUUGACGGGGAAGAGAUGGUUGAAAUUCUGGCUGGGUAAGUGGGGGAUUCUCAGAAAUGAGAAAGGGGGAAGGAAACGGACUUAGAAGCCGGCAAGCAAAGCAGCAGCCCCCGGCCCCCUUAUCCUCCGCAACCCCUACCUCCGCCCCGUGACCUUCCGUGGAGACCCCAGGAGGCUGCAUCAAUAUUUGAUCAGCCUUUCGCCAGCGCGUUGCCAGCACUCGUCGGCAGGGCUUGCCAGGCAUCGCCUGCGCUGCGCUGCGCUGCAGCCGGCGCCGGGGCCCGCAAGGGGCUUUGGAAGGACCGGCUCUUCGCUCGCCCCCUCCCCUGGGGCGCGGCGCCCACCAUGCGGGGCUGCACGCUGCUCUGCGCGCUGCUCUGCGCGCUGCCCUGGCUUCUGCCGCCGGCAGCACCCGGGCUCCCCGCGCAACCCUUAGCGCGGCGCCGCGACCCCCGCGACCCCGCCAGGGGCGCUGAGUUCGAUCGCAUCUACAACGGGGUGGUGAGCCUCAGCACCGAGAACAUCUACUCCUUCAACUACACUAGCCAGCCCGGCCAGGUGAACGCCGUGCGGGUGUAUGUGAACAGCUCCUCCGAGAACCUCGACUACCCGGUCCUGGUCGUGGUUCGCCAGCAGAAAGAGGUGCUGUCCUGGCAGGUUCCUCUGCUCUUCCAAGGACUAUACCAGAGGAGCUACAACUACCAGGAAGUGAGCCGCACCUUAUGUCCCUCAGAAGCAACCAAUGAAACAGGGCCUCUGGAGCAACUGAUAUUUGUAGAUGUCGCAUCCAUGGCGCCCCUGGGUGCCCAGUACAGACUGCUGGUUACCAAGAUCAAGCACUUCCAGCUUCAGACAAAUGUUGCCUUUCACUUCACUGCCAGUCCCUCUCAACCCCAGUAUUUUCUAUACAAAUUUCCUGAAGAUGUGGACUCAGUUAUCAUUAAAGUUGUGUCUGAAAUGGCUUAUCCAUGCUCUGUUGUCUCAGUCCAGAAUAUCAUGUGCCCAGUGUAUGAUCUCGACCACAAUGUAGAAUUUAAUGGUGUCUAUCAGUCCAUGACCAAGAAAGCUGCCAUCACACUACAGAAGAAGGAUUUUCCAGGUGAGCAGUUCUAUGUGGUGUUUGUGAUAAAGCCUGAAGAUUAUGCCUGUGGAGGAUCUUUCUUCAUCCAGGAAAAGGAGAACCAGACCUGGAAUCUACAACGUGCAAAGAACCUUAAAGUGACCAUUGUUCCUUCCAUUAAAGGAUCUGUUUAUGUGAAAUCCAUUCUUCUCAGUUUCCUCAUCUUCUUCUCCUUCUACUUGGGAUGCCUGCUUGUUGCAUUUGUUCAUUAUAUCAGGUAUCAGAGAAAGUCCAUUGAUGGAAGCUUUGGUUCCAAUGACGGCUCUGGAAAUACGUCGGUGUCACAUCCCAUUGCUGCCAGCACCCCUGAAGAAAGCAAUUAUGGGGCAAUAGAUGAGUCAAGCUCCAGUCCUGGCAGGCAAAUGUCCUCCUCCAAUGGCAGACAGCCGUGCCAGUCAGACACGGACAGCUCCGUGGAGGAGAGUGACUUCGACACCAUGCCAGACAUUGAGAGCGAUAAGAACGUCAUCCGGACCAAGAUGUUCCUUUACCUGUCAGAUCUGUCCAGGAAGGACCGAAGAAUUGUCAGCAAAAAAUAUAACAUUUAUUUUUGGAACAUCGUUACCAUUGCUGUGUUUUAUGCGCUGCCUGUGAUCCAGCUGGUUAUCACCUACCAGACAAUAGUCAAUGUCACUGGUAACCAGGACAUCUGCUACUACAACUUCCUCUGUGCUCACCCCUGGGGUGUCCUGAGUGCCUUCAACAACAUUCUCAGUAACCUGGGCCACAUGCUCCUGGGCUGCCUCUUCCUGCUGAUAGUCUUGCGCCGGGACAUUCUCCAUCGAAGAGCCCUGGAAGCCAAGGACAUCUUUGCCAUGGAGUAUGGGAUCCCCAAACACUUCGGUCUCUUCUAUGCUAUGGGCAUCGCACUGAUGACGGAAGGGGUGCUCAGUGCUUGUUACCAUGUCUGCCCUAAUUACUCCAACUUCCAAUUCGACACCUCCUUCAUGUACAUAAUCGCCGGCCUCUGCAUGCUGAAGCUCUAUCAGACCCGCCACCCAGACAUCAACGCCAGUGCCUACGCUGCUUACAUCUCCUUCGCCCUGGUCAUCACGCUCACCGUCCUUGGAGUGGUGUUUGGGAAAAAUGACCUGUGGUUGUUCUGGGUCAUCUUCUCUGCAAUCCAUAUUCUGGCUUCUCUGGCCCUCAGCACCCAGAUCUACUACAUGGGUCGUUUCAAGAUAGAUGUGUCUGACACAGAUUUGGGGAUUUUCCGACGGGCCGCUAUGGUGUUCUACACGGACUGCAUCCAGCAGUGCAGCCGGCCUCUCUAUAUGGACAGAAUGGUAUUGCUCAUCAUGGGGAAUCUGGUUAACUGGUCCUUUGCCCUCUUUGGACUGGUCUAUCGACCCAGGGACUUUGCCUCCUACAUGCUGGGCAUCUUCAUCUGUAACCUGCUGCUCUACCUGGCCUUUUACAUCAUCAUGAAGCUUCGCAGCUCCGAGAAGAUCCUCCUGAUCCCGCUCUUCUGCAUCGUCGCCACCGCUGUGGUGUGGGCCGCCGCCCUGUAUUUUUUCUUCCAGAAUCUCAGCAGCUGGGAGGGAACACCAGCCGAAUCCCGAGAGAAGAAUCGAGAGUGUAUCCUGCUGGAUUUCUUUGAUGACCAUGACAUCUGGCACUUCCUCUCUGCUACUGCCCUGUUUUUCUCAUUCUUGGUUUUGUUAACCCUGGAUGAUGACCUGGAUGUGGUUCGGAGAGACCAGAUCCCUGUCUUUUAAGCCUCCAGCAUGGAGAGCGGGGAGAGGGAGCAACCAAUCUUGGUGCUGUUUCAUGAAAAAUACAGGGACUGCAGCAAAGUAACCACUGCCAAAUGCUCCACUCACCCUCUGUUGGGUUGGCUCUGUACACAUUCCCGCAGGGAGGAGAGGAGCUACAGGGGGACCCAAACCUGCAAGAAGGGAAGCAGAAGGGAAGCGGCAACUGUGGACAGAGUCAAGCCCUUCAGAGUCGAAAGACACCCAUCAUCCCCUUCUGUCACUACUCUGAGUUAGACAUGGACAAAAGCUGCAUCGAAGUUGACCUUGGGACUACUCCCACCCUCACCUGAGAUUCGCCAGCCAUGGGGGAACCAUGCUGCCCUCUGCCCUCCAGCUGCCUCCCUGCCCAGAAACUCCAGGGUGGCCCCCUGUGCACCUCUGUAACAUCUGCUGCUCUAGACAUCCCAAAACACCAGCCCACUUCUCCAAAGUCCUGUAAUGAUGUGAUUCCUUGGAGUCUGGUAGAGGGGUGGCCCCAAGGCCCUACCCAACUGGGAUAGAUGUUUUGUAGCACCAGCUCGUCACCUCCACCAAAGGAAUGCUGUACGCUUCCCCCAGGUUCCUGACCGCAUUAGGAGGACUCUGCAUCAGGCUGUGUCACCCGCUCCUGGCAGGUAACUGUCCCUGAGACCAAGGUGUGGGUGCUUCCCCGUUCCUUGGUGUCUUCAUCUCACCACUGUGUGUGGACCCCCUGACUCAGGCUCUACCUUCUUGGGAAGGCCACUUCUCCACAGACCAGCUCCGAGGUGGAAGGAGAAAUGGGAAAACUCUUCCAGCAGCAGGCGGAGCAAGAGGAAUGACCAACAGCACUAGGAGCCUGGUGACAUCAGCAUCAAGCACUCAGGCCUCACGUUAAGGACUUGGGCUCCUAGAGCAGAUUCAGCGAAGACAAUUCGGCCUCCAAGCUAAACAGCUCCAUUCUGUGCCUGCAUCACCCUUGGGGAAGAAAUAAGUGUUCUAAGCAGGGGCACUGCUCUCAGGCUCCUGUACAACCGGCCAAGCCCCUCCUCUGCUGCUUUACGCAGAUCAGGGGCUCUAGACUUUCUCCUGAGCUUCUCUGGAGGCCACUCUCAGGGUGAAGGCAUCUCACUCCUCCUCUCCAGUUGCAAAGAGCUCAGCCGGUUUGGGGGCAGGGGCGGUUGUCUCUCUGACACACCUGAUUCACAUUCACUCCCCAGGAUGGUGUUGAAAUGCUCAGUGUCCCACUUCACUCUCUCACUGUCCAGCAGCUCUGCCCCCAGGAAGUCCCAUUUUGACCAAACUCCUGUAUUACCUGCGAUAUGACGUCAUCAGAAAAUUUACAUGCAAAUGUGCACACACAGAUAUAUUUGCCUGCGAAAUUGAAGUCACCUUCUCACCUCUGCUUUCUUGAUCCUUCAUUAGAAGGAUCCUUCAUUAGAAGGAUCCUUCAUUCUUUUUAAAAUAUAUAUAUAUAAUUCUUUCUCUAAAAUAAUGUUCAAAAACACAUUUUGGAAGUCUGAAUGGCAAACUUUCCCUGAUUUUAAGAACACAAAGAUGCUUUCAAUGAAACAUUAUGAUUUUUUUUUCUAAAAUGCCCCCAAAUUCAUAAUUGGUCUUCUGUUGUUCUUUAUUCCUUAAAAAUUGUUGGCUUCCAUAGGCCAUAUGAAGACCACCUAUUAAAUGGUUGUAUUAACCUAACAUUUAAAACAAAUGUCGAACCUGUUUAACUUGGCUGAUUUGACCUAAUUCUUUUACUUUUAAUGCACUAAAAGUUUUCAAAUCCAAAAAAAAGCGGGGGUGUGGGCUGGUGCAGAAUGCGAACGACAAAGUCUGUUCAAGCAGCCCUGUGGCCUGAAGUGAAUAAACUGUAGGACACGUUACCUGUUCGGUAGCUUGUCUGGGAAGCAUGUCCGUGGAAAUGGGGAAGGGGCCCCAUAGAAAUGGAUGGAUUGUGCUGCUGUAUUCUUGACCGUUUUCUGACAAAGUCUGUCUUGUGCUACAAACUCACACAUUGUGGUCAGUUUUGUUCUCUGCAGCAGGACUAAAAACCCAGACCAAGCCUGCUCUUAUAAAUAUCAAUUCUAAAUG